ACAUUUGGCGAUUCACGCUGCACGUUGAAAACAAGACAAAGCGACCCAGUUCUUCUUUAUUAGCACUUUAUCAGCGUGCCCUGUGGUUUUUAUGAGUCAAAACACGAUAAGAGACUGACACGUGCUUUCUGCACGGUUUCCUUUUGUAUGCAGAAAUUUUCUAAUUUUUUCGCGUGUAUCAUCAAGAUAGCUAUCACCUUCGACCAUCGGAGGAAUUUAUUGAAAAGCCAGCAGAAAUGAAUGGACCUGACCUAUCGAAGAUGUCGGUGGGCGGGGCUUCUGGAAAUGAGGGAAAGGACUCUGUAGCCAAUGGGCAUGCAGAGAAUGAGUCCGACCCCUUUGCAGAGUACAUGUGGAUGGAGAAUGAAGAGGAGUACAAUCGACAGAUCGAGGAGGAAUUGCUUGAACAAGAGUUUUUGGAGCGCUGUUUUCAGGAAAUGUUGGAUGAGGAGGAUCAGGAUUGGUUUAUUCCUGCAAGGGACCUGCCCUCGGUGGGACAAAUACAACAACAGCUUAAUGGACUUUCUGUCAGUGACAGCAAUGCAGAGGAAAUCUUGCGGAAGAGCAUGUUAAACCCAGAGGCCAAGGAGUUUGUGCCAGGGGUAAAAUACUGAGGAUCAUUCUUCCCAUCUGCAGAUGUCCCCUUGUACCCGCAUACAUACUCAGAGACUCGUGUGCCCAUAUUUAGAAUGGUCACACAAAUGCACUCUUUACACACUCUUGAAGGGGCGGCAAUACAAAUGUGGAUAACAUUUUGGGUGGGAGGGGUGAUUGUCUAUAAGCUUUAUAUUUCUGUUAUGUAUAAACCGAGGGUAUUAAGUUUAAACACUGCCUCUAGGAGGUGCUGUCACAAAAGCGAAAAUCAUUACAAAGCUGUUUUAUUUUCACUUCCCUUACUGAAAGACCUGUUCCUGUCAGAUUUUCCUGUUUCGCAGUGGGUGCCUGAUCAGGUCUUUGCUUUCCUUCCUUUUUUGUUUUUGUGUUUUUUGUUGUUGAUCUUUUGUAGAGGGAGGUUUUGAUGUAUCUUUGUUCACAUUCCUUAGUUUUAAGGGAUGUGGCUGGGGGUGGGCCUCUUGGUUCGGGUAGGAUGCUGAGGAAACGAUGUUGGGGAAUUCAAAUGAAUUCAAUUUUUGAUUUUGAAUUGAAAUCGCUAUAUGCAGGACUGAAUUUCUUUUUAAAACGGAAGGAUAAAGGCAAAUAAAGAUGUUCAUACCCAAAUAGAA